GCCCCUCGCCGCCGACGCGCGCACGCCGGCCCCGCCCGCAGGCGCCGCCCGUGCAGUUCCUGCUUAAGAGACCCCGGAGUGGGCGCUCGCUUGGAGUCAGGCCGCGUCCGCCAUAGUGCCUGGUCUGGAGGUGUCGCCGGCUCCUAGUGAGGGCCUGGGAGCGGCACGGGGCGGGACAGAAAGGAAGCCCUCAUCGUCGCCCAGCGGUUUCCGGGCGUGUUCUCGUCGUUCUGGGCCUAGAGGCGACGGGAGCGGAAGGCGAGAGAAGCGCGGAGCACUCGGCGUGAGGAAGCGUCUGGGAACCUCGGCGGCGGCGCCAGGUCACCGAAGCCCCCCGGCCGCCAGCGGGGCCCGGGUGGUGAGGCCGCGUCCGGAGCCCGGUGGAGGCCCGCUGCCGGCUUGGCGGCGGCGGCGGGGGGUGGCGGCGGCCUGCGAAGGAAGGCCUGUUCCCCGCCGACCGCGCGUUUGGGCCUAGGCCGCGGCGCCGAGGCCUCCGGGGAGCCGGAGCCGGGGCGUGGGGGGGGGCGGGCCUGGGCCUGGGAGCCACGCCGGUCGUCCGCAAGCCAGGAGGAGGCGAGAGGCCGCUCGUGGACUGCGGGCCUAGGCCCUCUCCCCUCGGCCUUCUCGCGGGGCCCGGGUCACCCCAAACCACGGAGAGAGCCACCGGGAGGUGCGGCCGCACUAUGGACCCCUGACCCCGCCGGGUCACUCGGACUUUUAACGUGUGGACUGACCGCGACUGACUGCACCGUCUGCCGGCCCUUAGCAUGAGCGAGGGGGACCCGGCCGGGUGACGCGGUGCCCGUUGGCGGAGCCCCUGGCCCUCCCGCCCUCGUCCGCCCUCCUGCACAUGAAGUGAUUCCGAGGUCGGGGUCUGGAUUGCGGUUCUCACGCCCCUGCUGUGGGGAGGGGGUGUUUAAUCCGAGGCCUUAGGUCCUUCGGUGUCUUGUGAGUGUUUUGUGUAUGUACAUAUUCUGCUCUUAAGUUUAUAAAUAUACGUAUAUUGAGCGUGUCCACGUCUCCUCGCCGAACCUUAGGGAGUCCUUUGGCACCAUGUCCUGUGUGCAUUAUAAAUUCUCUUCCAAACUCAACUAUGACACCGUCACCUUUGAUGGGCUCCACAUCUCCCUCUGCGACCUAAAGAAGCAGAUUAUGGGGAGAGAGAAGCUGAAAGCUGCCGACUGCGACCUGCAGAUCACCAACGCGCAGACCAAGGAAGAAUAUACUGAUGAUAAUGCUCUGAUUCCUAAGAAUUCAUCUGUAAUUGUUAGAAGAAUUCCUAUUGGAGGUGUUAAAUCUACAAGCAAGACGUACGUUAUAAGUCGAACUGAACCAGUGAUGGGAACUUCAAAAGCAAUUGAUGACUCUUCUGCGUCUAUUUCUCUGGCCCAGCUUACAAAGACUGCCAAUCUGGCUGAAGCCAAUGCUUCUGAAGAAGAUAAAAUUAAAGCAAUGAUGUCGCAGUCUGGCCAUGAAUACGACCCAAUCAAUUACAUGAAGAAACCUCUAGGUCCACCACCUCCAUCUUAUACCUGUUUCCGCUGUGGUAAACCUGGCCAUUAUAUUAAGAAUUGCCCAACAAAUGGGGAUAAGAACUUCGAAUCUGGUCCUAGGAUUAAAAAGAGCACUGGAAUUCCCAGAAGUUUCAUGAUGGAAGUGAAAGAUCCUAACAUGAAAGGUGCAAUGCUCACCAACACUGGAAAAUACGCAAUACCAACUAUAGAUGCAGAAGCAUAUGCAAUUGGGAAGAAAGAAAAGCCGCCUUUCUUACCAGAGGAGCCCUCUUCAUCUUCUGAAGAGGACGACCCUAUCCCAGAUGAGCUGCUGUGUCUCAUCUGCAAAGACAUUAUGACUGAUGCCGUUGUCAUUCCCUGCUGUGGAAAUAGCUACUGUGAUGAAUGUAUAAGAACAGCACUCUUGGAAUCAGAGGACCAUACAUGCCCAACGUGUCAUCAAAAUGAUGUCUCUCCUGAUGCUUUAAUUGCCAAUAAAUUCUUACGACAGGCUGUUAAUAACUUCAAAAAUGAAACUGGUUAUACAAAAAGACUACGGAAACAGUUACCACCACCACCACCCCCAAUACCGCCUCCGAGGCCGCUCAUUCAGCGGAAUCUACAACCUCUGAUGAGAUCUCCAAUAUCAAGACAACAAGAUCCUCUUAUGAUUCCAGUGACGUCUUCGUCAGGUCACCCGGCUCCCUCUAUGUCUUCAUUAACUUCUAAUCAGUCUUCCUUAGCCCCUGCUGUGCCUGGAAAUUCAUCUACCCCAGCGCCUGUACCUGAUAUAACUGCAACGGUCUCCAUAUCAGUCCACUCAGAAAAAUCAGAUGGGCCUUUUCGGGAUUCCGAUAAUAAGAUAUUGCCAGCUGCAGCCCUUGCCUCAGAACAUUCAAAGGGAACCUCUUCAAUAGCAAUUACUGCUCUUAUGGAGGAGAAGGGUUACCAGGUGCCUGUGCUUGGAGCCCCAUCUUUGCUGGGACAGUCAUUAUUGCAUGGACAGUUGAUCCCUACAACUGGUCCAGUAAGAAUAAAUGCUGCUCGUCCAGGUGGUGGUCGACCAGGUUGGGAGCAUUCCAACAAGCUUGGAUAUCUGGUUUCUCCGCCACAGCAAAUUAGGAGGGGAGAGAGGAGUUGCUACAGAAGUAUAAACCGUGGACGACACCACAGCGAAAGAUCACAGAGAACUCAAGGCCCAUCACUACCAGCAACUCCAGUUUUUGUGCCUGUUCCACCCCCUCCUCUGUAUCCACCUCCUCCACAUACACUGCCUCUCCCCCCGGGUGUUCCUCCACCACAGUUUUCUCCUCAGUUUCCUCCUGGCCAGCCACCACCUGCUGGGUAUAGUGUCCCUCCCCCAGGGUUCCCUCCAGCACCAGCCAAUUUAUCAACACCUUGGGUAUCAUCAGGAGUGCAGACUGCUCAUUCAAAUACCAUCCCAACAACACAAGCACCACCUCUGUCCAGGGAAGAAUUCUAUAGAGAGCAGCGACGGCUCAAAGAAGAGGAAAAGAAAAAGUCCAAGCUAGAUGAGUUUACAAAUGAUUUUGCUAAGGAAUUGAUGGAAUACAAAAAGAUUCAAAAGGAGCGUAGGCGCUCAUUUUCCAGGUCUAAAUCUCCUUAUAGUGGUUCCUCAUACUCCAGAAGUUCUUAUACUUACUCUAAAUCAAGAUCUGGUUCAACGCGGUCACGUUCUUAUUCUCGAUCAUUUAGCCGCUCACACUCUCGUUCCUAUUCGAGAUCACCUCCAUACCCCAGAAGAGGCAGAGGCAAGAGUCGAAAUUACCGCUCACGGUCUAGAUCUCAUGGAUAUCAUCGAUCUAGGUCAAGGUCACCACUAUAUAGACGAUAUCAUUCACGAUCAAGAUCCCCUCAAGCAUUUAGGGGACAGUCUCCGAAUAAACGUACUGUACCACAAGGGGAAACAGAACGUGAAUAUUUUAAUAGAUACAGAGAAGUUCCACCACCAUAUGACAUAAAAGCUUAUUAUGGGAGGAGUGUUGACUUUAGAGACCCAUUUGAAAAAGAGCGUUACCGAGAAUGGGAGAGAAAAUACAGAGAGUGGUAUGAAAAAUACUACAAAGGUUAUGCUGCUGGAGCACAGCCUCGACCAUCAGCAAAUAGAGAGAACUUUUCUCCAGAGAGGUUAUUACCACUUAAUAUCAGGAAUUCUCCCUUUACAAGGGGCCGCAGAGAAGAUUAUUCGGGUGGACAAAGUCAUAGAAGUCGAAACAUAGGUGGUGGCAGCUAUCCAGAAAAGCUUUCAACAAGAGACAGUCACAACCAGAAGGAUAGUACAAAGUCAAAAGAGAAGGAGAGCGAUGGUGCUGCAGGAGAUGGUAAAGGGAGUAAACAUAAGAAACAUCGAAGGCGAAGAAAGGGGGAAGAAAGUGAAGGCUUUCUAAACCCAGAGUUAUUAGAACCUUCUAGAAAAUCAAGGGAACCUACAAGUGGCGAAGAAAAUAAAACGGAUUCGUUAUUUGUUCUUCCGAGUAGAGAUGAUGCUACACCAGUUAGAGAUGAACCAAUGGAUGCAGAAUCCAUCACUUUUAAAUCAGUGUCUGAAAAGGACAGGAGAGACAAAGAUAAGCCAAAAGCAAAAGGAGACAAGACCAAACGAAAAAAUGAUGGAUCUGCUGUGUCCAAAAAAGAAAAUGUAAAACCUGCUAAGGGAUCCCAAGAAAAACUAGAGGGAGAACGUGAAAAAUCUCCUCGAUCUGAACCUCCACUUAAAAAAGCCAAAGAGGAGACUCCAAAGACUGACAGUGCUAAAUCAUCCUCCUCCUCUCAAAAAGAUGAAAAGGCCACUGGCACUCCCAGAAAGGCUCACUCUAAGUCUGCAAAAGAACACCAAGAGACAAAACCUGUCAAAGAGGAAAAAGUGAAGAAAGACUAUUCCAAAGAUGUCAAAUCAGAAAAACUAACUAGUAAGGAAGACAAGGCCAAGAAGCCUACUGAGAAAAGUAAGCCUCUUGACAGCAAAGGAGAAAAAAGAAAAAGGAAAACUGAGGAAAAAGGUGUAGAGAAAGAUUUUGAAUCUUCAGUGAAAAUCUCUAAACUCGAAGUAACUGAAAUAGUGAAGCCAUCACCAAAACGCAAAAUGGAACCUGAUAUUGAAAAGAUGGAUAGGACCCCUGAAAAGGACAAAAGUUCAUCAUCAACAGCCCCAACCAAAAAAAUCAAGCUCAACAGAGAAACUGGUAAAAAAAUUGGAAGUACAGAAAAUAUAUCGAAUACAAAAGAAACCUCUGAAAAAUUGGAGUCAGCAUCCAGCAAAGUUAAACAAGAAAAAGUCAAAGGAAAGGUCAGACGAAAAGUAACUGGAACUGAAGGAUCCAGCUCCACUCUUGUGGACUAUACUAGUACGAGUUCAACUGGAGGCAGUCCUGUGAGAAAAUCUGAAGAAAAAACAGAUACAAAGCGAACUGUCAUCAAAACUAUGGAAGAAUAUAAUAAUGACAAUACAGCUCCUGCUGAAGAUGUCAUUAUUAUGAUUCAGGUUCCUCAGUCCAAAUGGGAUAAAGAUGACUUUGAAUCUGAGGAAGAAGAUGUUAAAGCCACACAGCCUGUAUCAAGUGUAGGAAAACCUGCCAGUGUUAUAAAAAAUGUUAGCACUAAACCAUCAAAUAUAGUCAAGUAUACUGAAAAAGAAAGCGAGCUAGCAGAGAAGCUUCCAAAACUCACCAAGGAAGUGAGCCAUGAAAUCAUACAACAUGAGGUCAAAGGUUCAAAAAACUCUGCAUCUAGUGAAAAAGGGAAAACCAAAGAGAGAGAGCAUUCAGUAUUGGAGAAGGAAAAUCCUGAGAAGAGGAAGAGCAGCAGCCAGCCAGAGAAAGAUAGUAAUUUGGACCGUCUCAAUGAACAAGGUAAUUUUAAAAGUUUGUCUCAAUCUUCCAAAGAGACUAGAACUUCAGAUAAGCAUGAUUCCACUAGAGGUUCCUCAAGUAGAGACUUUACUCCCAGUAGAGACAAGAAAUCCGACUAUGACAGCAGAGAAUAUUCAAAUUCCAAACGUAGAGAUGAACGGAAUGAAUUAACAAGAAGAAAAGACUCUCCUUCUCGAAGCAAAGAUUCUGCAUCUGGACAGAAAACUAAGCCAAGGGAGGAAAGAGAUUUGCCUAAAAAAGGAACAGGGGAUUCCAAAAAAAGUAAUUCUAGUCCCUCAAGAGACAAAAAACCUCAUGAUCAUAAAGCCACUUCUGAUACUAAACGCUUAAGUGAAGAGACAAAAUCUGUAGAUAAAAAUCCCUGUAAGGAUCGUGAGAAGCAUGUGUUAGAAACAAGGAACAGUAAAGAGUCAAGUGGCAAUAAAUUACUUUAUGUACUUAAUCCACCAGACCCACAGACUGAAAAAGAGCAGGUUGCUGGGCAAAUUGAUAAGAGUGCUACCAAGCCUAAACCCCAGUUAAGUCACUCCUCUCGACUUUGCUCUGACUUAACUAGAGAAACUGAUGAAGCUGCUUUUGAACCAGAUUAUAAUGAAAGUGACAGUGAAAGCAAUGCAUCAGUAAUAAAAGAGGAAGAUGCUUCGGGGAAAAUUUCUAAGGAACUGAAAGAAAAAGUCAUAGAGAAAGUAAAAGAGAGCCCGGACACAGCAGCAGUCAGCCAGGUAGGCGUCCCCAGAAGCCAGAGUCAGAGCAGUCCCAGUGUUAGUCCAAGUAGAAGUCACAGCCCUUCUGGAAGCCAAACUCGAAGCCACAGUAGCAGUGCCAGCUCAGCAGAGAGUCAGGACAGCAAGAAGAAGAAGAAAAAGAAGGAAAAGAAAAAGCACAAGAAACAUAAAAAACAUAAGAAGCAUAAGAAGCAUGCAGGCCCUGAAGCAGAAUUGGAAAAAAGCCAGAAACACAAACACAAGAAAAAGAAAUCAAAGAAGAGCAAAGAUAAAGAGAAGGAGAAGGAGAAGGAGAAAGAUGACCAAAAAGUGAAAUCUGCCACUGUGUAGAAGGGCAGAUUUUUAAAAUUGACUUAAUUACUAAGUCAUCUGUAUUAAAUUUUGUUAUAAUGUAAAGAGAUUCAAGCCUUGUAAAUAAUGAUAUGGAAGACCCUGUGCUGCACUUAAAAUAUUGCUGCUUGAUUAUUUGAUUUUUACAUCAGAGCUUUAUAACACGAACUUUUGUACAGAAUUGUGAGUUGUGACCAUGUAACAUGAGAGGUUUUGCUAGGACCUAUUAUUUUUAACCACCAUUAAUUAGUUGGGGUGGAGUUUACUGUACUGUGAAAUUUUCACAUUUGAAUUUUUUAAUUGCCUGGCAAAAGCUGAUAUCAGUUCUAAAAUAUCAGCAGAAUGAUUUGCUGAAUUCAUUACAACCCCGUUAUGUCACUUUUUGAUUACAAUAAAAGUUUUCAGGAAA